AUGGCAAAUGCAAGUGACGAGUUUAGACUAGUAUCACCAAACAUAAAUCAUGAAGGAAGAUUACCUAGAAAAUACACAGAUGAAGGUCAAGGUGCACAAAGAAAAAUGUCACCACCAUUAGAAUGGUACAAUUUACCACAAGACACAAAAAGUUUAUCACUAUUAGUACAAGAUAUUGAUGCACCUAUUGUACCAUGGGUUAUUUGGGUUGUGACUAAUAUUCCACCAAGUUUAAAAAGUUUGCCAGAAGGUUUUUCUGGUAAUGGUGAAGAAUAUGGUCAUGUUAAAGAAGGAAUUAAUGAUGAAAAAGUCCCAGGAUGGCGUGGACCUAAGUUGCCAAAUCAUGGUCAUAGAUUUGAGUUUAAGCUUUUUGCUUUGGAUGAUGAGCUCAAACUUGGAAACAAGGUGACAAAGGAUAAACUACUAGAAGCUAUGGAGGGUCAUGUUCUUGGAGAGGCUCUUAUGACUGCCAUAUUCUAAUAGAAAACCUUUGAUGCAACUUCAAGUAGCUUAUAUUAUAUUACUUGUUGAAGUCCAAUAAUAGUAUUUUUACUUUUAAGAAAAUACAAACCAUCAUUUCGAAUGAUGA